AUGGCAGCGUGGUCCCGAGAGGCUGUCCUGACCCUCUAUCGGGCUCUGCUGCGCCAGGGCCGUGGGCUGCGCUACACUGACCGGGAUUUCUACUUCGCUUUCAUCCGCCGAGAGUUCCGCAAGAACCGGGGGCUGCAGCGGCUAGAGGACAAAGAAAGACAGUUAGAGAAGGGACAAGCUUUCCUGCAGAGCAAACUUGGGGGCCUGGUUUAG